CUGCCAGCCUAACCAACCAGCCCCCCUCAUGGAAAUCUCCCAUGGAUCGAUCGUCUGUCUUUGUCUUCUUGUUCUACCCUCUCUUCUCUGCACAGCUCUCUCGGAGCCCGACGCGCCUUCAUCGUCCCAGCCAUGAUAUCUCUGUGACGACGAUUUCUUGAUUGUUGGCUGACCCCAAGCCUAUUCCGUUAUUCCAUCCACCAAAAGUUAUCUUAUCGACUUCUCUUCGCUGUCUAACCGCCCCUUUAUCACCGGAUCCUUCGUUACUUAUCCCGACCCGCAUACGCACCGCCGCUUGCGUCUAUGAACAAUACCUUUCCUUUAAUCGAUAGUUGCUACUCCGAAUUUCGGUAGCAUUGACAACGACAUCAUUCCACUUUCGAUCAUCAACAUCUUAGAACAAACGCCGUUCGUUUGCUGCCCUCUUCGCAUCCUCAAAUCUCUUAUUUCUAGAGGUCGCGGGCGCCAUCAAUAUGGCCACAAUGGCACCCGCACCGACCUCAACCGAGAACAUUACUCCGCCGCGCAGCAGUCAUGGUCAUUCAGACUCGUGGGGAUACAACAUGCCCCAUAAGGAGGAUUUUGAUACCGACAUGAACGCUGGCACGAACCAUGACUACCCUCAAAAGAACCAUUCUACUACCCAAAAUGGCAAUUCGAAUUCUUACCACUCGGGCAUGGACCGAGUUGGCCGAAAAGUGAACUCUCACGAUAACCUUUCGAGUGCCAAACUCCACAACUCUGUUGACGGAGCCGGAGCGCGCUACAUUAGUGAAUCCAAAACUAGCCCGGCUUUGAACGGUAACUCUUGGGGGCAAACCUUUGGCCCCCAGACCGAAGACGAAUACAGCCGCAAUGCGGUACCUAUCGACCGAGAAGUAGUAGUCGUUGACGAAGGUUCCAAGUGGAUUCACCGCGAUAAGCUGGCAAGGAUAGAAAGUGAAGAGCUUCAGGCUGCUGGCAUAUUUGUUCCCAGAACCCGCAACCACAGCAAGCAACGACGAGACCGAAGCCGCAGCGCUAUGCGCCGUGGUACUGACGCGUCAGAAAAUGGCCCUAGAUCCCGAAAGAAUUCGACAGCCGUCGAAGGACGAAACCCCGAGAUCGCAGGCGAAUCGUGGGAUUUACGUACCCCAGAAGAGAUUGCGGAGGAGGAAAGCAAUGCCUAUUUCACUUCAAACAGCCACAAAGGAGGCUCUCGCAUUCCUGUUGCCAAGGUUAGUCCAGCGCCCAUAUCUGUUGAUCGUUUCGACCGAGCAUCGAGGAAAACGAGCGAGAGCCCCGACGAUGAACGGAAUUUGACAAAUGAAAAGACUCGACCUGGAAGCGCGCACAUGAUGAAGGGAUUCGACGCCAUGUCGGUCAAUAGCAAUCACAACAAUAGUUUACCCGCGCCGAAACGAACCGCCACCGACACAUCGCCCAAGAAGGCCACGACUGGCCCAAGAAAGACGUCUGGCCCCUCGAAGCCAGGCACGGCAGCGACGGGGCGACCAAAGACGAGGUCUGGCUCUAUUGGAAACAGUAUCUCAACCCGACCUUCGACCCGAUCUGGGGAAUUGUCUCCAGGAAACAAGGCGCCUGAAGGCGAUCCUCCGUGGAUGAUCAACUCGUACAAGCCCGAUCCUCGACUUCCACCUGAUCAACAACUCCUCCCAACUGUCGCCCGACGCCUACAACAGGAGAAGUGGGAGAAGGAAGGAAAGUUUGGAGAUGUCUAUGACAAGGAUUUCCGGCCGCUGAACGACAAUGAAUUCGGCAAACCGGAUCAAGCCGACCAGGCAGAGAAGUCCGAGGAGACCGACGAGAAGCAACGAGAAGCAUCACCACCCGAAGGCGAGUGGCCGCUUAAGCUGGAGCCUACAAAGAGCCCAACUCAACGCGCUGGUGGAUAUUCUACUAUGCCCAAGAUCUCGGACAAGCCCCAGAACAGUCCACUUCCAAGCCCAAGAACACCUCUGUCGUCCAAUGCACCCAACGCACCUCAAGCGCCUGCGCAAGAACAAUCGAAGCCGGAACCAUCUACUGAACGACCAGCACAGCAACACCCGCAACAGCCACAACCUGCCGAAGACGACAGCAAGGGAGGCUGCGGAUGCUGUGUGGUGAUGUAAAGACUUGGUCUUCAUCCAGCCUGCCCAUGGUCGACGGAACCACGAUAUCGAGGAUACCCAUUCCCUUCCCUACGUGUCUGACAGCACUUACGACGUAACGAAUUUCUUUUACAUUCUGCUUGCAUUCAGCCAUUGUGUUAAAUCGUAUCAUACCAACUCAGCCUGCUAUCUCUUUAGCGACGCAACUGCCAUUCCCUUUGUCACAACUUUAGCGAUCCGUUCCACCCUAUCCGGACCAAAAGAUAGCGACCUCGUCACCGAGACAAACACUUCACUCGCGGAAGGGUCAAGCAUUCACCGACCUGACAGGCUCAAGCGGUAGGCUGUCUGAGAUCUGGUGAUGUGAGAGAUACACGUCUUUCCCGGAGCCCUUCAUUAUCUGUAUUUAAUUAUCGGCGUUUGAGCCUCUUGUUUUGCGUUUUGAUAGUUGAGUGGUUUUGCCGUUAAAAUGGUACUUCUUGUUAUAUUCUUGCCAAAGGAGGAGGGGACAUGAACUGCAGUGGGAUGAUAGAAUUGAUGGGCCUCGUGGUGGGAAUCGCUCUGAGGUAGUGAGCGAUAGUCUGGGCGAUGCUGGCGUGAGCUUGUUCUAGCGACUGGAGCCUGCUCAGUUAUCUUGUUAUUGGAGAUUUUGGAGAGCGAAGUUGAGUGAAUCAAUAACAAGACGUUAAAUUAUUCGAUGCCGUGCCGUGUCUGUGGAUGACCUCAGUCUCUUGUGUCUGAGCCUU